AGACAGAGACAGAGACAGAGACAGAGAGAGAGAGAGAGAGAGACAGAGAGAGAGAGAGAGAGACAGAGAGAGAGAGAGAGAGAGAGAGAGAGAGAGAGAGAGAGAGAGAGAGAGAGAGAGAGAGAGAGAGAGAGAGAGAGAGAGAGAGAGAGAGAGAGAGAGAGAGAGAGAGAGAGAGAGAGAGAGAGAACAGGGAGUCUUAAAGUUUAGUGGAACACAAAUAAUUUUGUCACCAGCGAGCUCUGACUUGUAGAGACAGAGACGGUGCUGGUAAAAAGAGCGAGAGAGAGAGAGAGGGAAAGAGAGAGAGGGAAAGAGAGAGAGAGGGAAUAGGGGGAGAGUUAAAUAGAGGGAGGGAGCAACACGCAUGUUCUGACAGAGGACAGGAAAGAGAGAGAGAAACGUUUUCACUCCUAGUGAGAAGCAGUAGAGAGAACAUAGAGAGAGAGAGAGGGGACGUAAAGAACAGGAGAGAUAAACGGACAGAGCAGUGAGGGAAGUGGACAAAAAGAGACCCUGCAAUCUGAUCACUGUGGCAGUGUGUGAAGUGAGAGUUUUUAUCUCUAUCUAACCAGGCUCGGGCUCGUACCAUCACUCACCUUCCCAACCGACGCGCGCUGGUCUGGUCUGUUCAUUUCUUACUUUUCUUUCAUUAACCAAGAGAUCCGUCCUGGUUAUAUGCGUCAAGUCAUUUUCCUAUGGUCAACUAGUGGGGUAUUGUGAACAUCUCUACUCGUCUUUCUGCUCUAGUUUAUAGAAUCUCUGUCCUUGUUGAAACAGGUUCAGUACCUCGGUCCCUACCUUCUCUUUGUUUAGGCACCGUCCAGAGGAACACAGAGCAGGGAGAGCAGUAUGUGUUGUGUGGAGUUACUAGCUGCAGGACAGGGUUUGGCUGUUUGAACAGACUCAAUGACCAGUCUGUUGUGUUGUGUGACCAGUCCGUUGUGUUGUGUGACCAGUCUGUUGUGUCGUGUUGUGUGACCAGUCCGUUGUGUUGUGUUGUGUGACCAGUCUGUUGUGUUGUGUUGUGUGACCAGUCCGUUGUGUUGUGUGACCAGUCUGUUGUGUUGUGCUGUGUGACCAGUCUGUUGUGUUGUGCUGUGUGACCAGUCUGUUGUGUUGUGUUGUGUGACCAGUCCGUUGUGUUGUGUGACCAGUCUGUUGUGUUGUGUGACCAGUCCGUUGUGUUGUGUUGUGUGACCAGUCUGUUGUGUUGUGUUGUGUGACCAGUCCGUUGUGUUGUGUUGUGUGACCAGUCUGUUGUGUCGUGUUGUGUGACCAGUCCGUUGUGUUGUGUUGUGUGACCAGUCUGUUGUGUUGUGUUGUGUGACCAGUCCGUUGUGUUGUGUGACCAGUCCGUUGUGUUGUGUGACCAGUCCGUUGUGUUGUGUGACCAGUCCGUUGUGUUGUGUUGUGUGACCAGUCCGUUGUGUUGUGUUGUGUGACCAGUCCGUUGUGUUGUGUGACCAGUCCGUUGUGUUGUGUUGUGUGACCAGUCUGUUGUGUUGUGUGACCAGUCCGUUGUGUUGUGUUGUGUGACCAGUCCGUUGUGUUGUGUUGUGUGACCAGUCCGUUGUGUUGUGUGACCAGUCUGUUGUGUUGUGUUGUGUGACCAGUCUGUUGUGCUGUGUGACCAGUCCGUUGUGUUGUGUUGUGUGACCAGUCCGUUGUGUUGUGUUGUGUUGUGUGACCAGUCUGUUGUGUUGUGUUGUGUGACCAGUCCGUUGUGUUGUGUUGUGUGACCAGUCUGUUGUGUUGUGUGACCAGUCCGUUGUGUUGUGUUGUGUGACCAGUCUGUUGUGUUGUGUGACCAGUCCGUUGUGUUGUGUUGUGUGACCAGUCUGUUGUGUUGUGCUGUGUGACCAGUCUGUUGUGUUGUGUUGUGUAACCAGUCCGUUGUGACUCUCUUGAGAGCUUGUAAAGAUACAGCCCAGUCAACUCUAUGUGCUGAAAGAAAGGAAGUCUGCAUAUAUUAUCCUCGAUUAACACAAGAUUGAAGUUAUACUGAGGUGGAACCAGAUAGCUUUUUUUCGCUGCUGUCUGGGGUGGCUGGGUAGUUUUGUUGUUGUGGUGACUAGAUUCUAGCUGUUCUGUUUGACAACUCUCUCUCCACCUGGUCGCGUUUCAGCAUCGUAGACGUCACUCUCCUUUCUACCGGACUUUUUUUUUUUUAAAUUGCAUUUAAAAAACGAAAUCUACUUGAGGCUGAGUCACAAGGCUGUCUGUCUGUCUGUCUGUCUGUCUGGGGUUCUCCCUUCGUGACUCAGAGGAGACUCAGGUGGUUUUCACACCAGUGACAGCAAUAACAGCAGUCACCGCAGCAGUGUGGGGGCAUUAGGCUGAGGGACUCUCUUCAUCACAACAGACCUUUAAUUGUUCUGGUCUGUAAACACCUUGCGUCAGUCACACUUACACUCUGACUGAUUCACUGUUCUCUGAGGGGGGGGGAGAGAGAGAGAGAGAGAGACAGAGAGAGAGAGAGAGAGAGACACAAAGAGAGAGACAGAGACACAGAGAGAGCGAGAGAGAGAGACAGAGAGAGACAGAGAGAGACAGACAGACACAGACAGACAGACACAAGGAGAGAGACAGCGAGAGACAGAGACAGAUAGACACAAAGAGAGAGACAGAGACACAGAGAGAGACACAGAGAGAGAGAGAGAGAGAGAGAGAGAGAGAGAGACAGAGACAGACAGACACAAAGAGAGAGACAGAGACACAGAGAGAGCGAGAGAGAGAGAGAGAGAGAGAGAGAGAGAGAGAGGGGGAAAAAAGAGCACUGAAGGAGAAAGGUGUUGAGAAGCAGAACAGACGGACCAUGAGACUGGUGUGUUUGGUCCUUACGUGCCUGGCGGCGCUGUGCUUGGCGGGCAGCGUGAACAGCAUGUCCACCUGUAAGACUCUAGACCUGGAGCUGGUUAAGAAGAAACGCAUCGAGGCGAUCAGGGGACAGAUCCUCUCCAAGCUGAGGAUGCCCAAGGAGCCGGAGGAGGAGCAGGCUGGAACAGAGAAGGAGAUCCCUGUGGCGUUGCUCUCGCUCUACAACAGCACCGUGGAGCUCAGCGAGGAGCAGAGACUACAGCCACAGCCCACCACACACACACUGGACGAAGAGGAGGAGUACUUUGCCAAGGAGGUCCACAAGUUCACCAUGAAGCAGGAUAAGAAUGUCACCAAGCACCAGAUGCUGUUUAACCUGAAUGAGAUGAGGUCCAGCAUUGGGGACUACCAUCUACUCUCCAGCGCUGAGCUCCGCCUGCUCAUCAAAACCACUAACAUCCCGUCUGGCAGUGAGCAGCGCCUGGAGCUCUACAAGGGGCUGGGCGACAGCAGACGAUACCUGGGAUCACGCUUCGUCACCAACAAGUGGAGUGACCGCUGGCUGUCUUUCGACGUCACUGAAACCCUCAAGGAAUGGCUGAAGGGGACCGAGGAAGAGCAGGGCUUUGAGUUGAAGCUGUACUGUGAGUGUGGUAAACCCAUGGAAAAGUUCCUCUUCAGUAUCUCCGGGUUGGACAGCGGGGUACGAGGUGACGUGGCUGGUCUAGCCAAGAACAUGAGGAAGCCUCACAUCUUGGCCAUGUCCAUCCCCCAGAACUACAGCUCACAGCUUACCUCCUCGCGUAAGAAACGGGCCGUCACUACAGACGACACCUGCACAGAUAAAACAGAGAACUGUUGCGUGAGGAAACUCUACAUCGACUUCAGGAAAGAUCUGGGCUGGAAGUGGAUCCACCAGCCAAAAGGUUACCAUGCCAACUACUGCAUGGGCUCAUGCACCUACAUCUGGAAUGCUGAAAACAAAUACUCUCAGAUCCUUGCCCUGUACAAGCACCACAACCCAGGAGCGUCGGCCCAGCCGUGCUGUGUACCCCAGGUCUUGGACCCUCUGCCAAUCCUCUACUACGUAGGGAGACAACACAAGGUGGAACAGUUGUCCAACAUGAUUGUGGAGAGCUGUAAGUGCAGCUAGAAGACAUCGGUCAUAUCUCCUCUAUCUCCUCCUAUCUCCCCUUAUCUCCCCAUAUCUCCUCUAUCUCCUCCUAUCUCCCCAUAUCUCCUCUAUCUCCUCCUAUCUCCCCAUAUCUCCUCUAUCUCCCCUAUCUCCCCAUAUCUCCUCUAAUCUCCCCAUAUCUCCUCUAUCUCCUCCUAUCUCCCCAUAUCUCCUCUAAUCUCCUCUAAUCUCCUCUAAUCUCCCCCAUCUCCUCUAAUCUCUUCUAUCUCCUUCUAUCUCCUCUAAUCUCCUCUAUCUCCUCAUAUCUCUUCUUAUCUCCUCCUUUCUCCUCUAAUCUUCCCUAUCUCCUAUAUCUCCUCCUAUCUCCUCCUAUCUCCUCUAUCUCUGCCUCUUCUUUUUCCUCACACACACCGAUACGGACACACGGAGAAGGAAUGGAGGGAGGAGAGAGAGAACUCGGAGAGGAACAAGAGACGAGAUAGAAGCGUUGACUCUGGGAUGGAGGAGUGGAACAAGAGAUGAGAAAAUUAUCAUUUGUGAUCGAUGACAGAACCAACCUCCUCCCUGAUGGAACAAGACCAGAACUAUGGACAUUUCAUGCUUUUUUUUUUUUACAUUUUACACGCUAUAACCUGGAUGAAUAUAGGCUUUACAUUUAAAUAAUACAUUUAUCUCAAGGAGUGAAUUAAUUUAUUGUGUUACAUGUAGCAGAGCUGUAUAGCGUAUUACUGUAGAGGCUUAGAGAUGCAGUGGCAAGUGGGGUAGUGGUGGGAGAGACUUUGAGGACAGGGGUUAAAGGGUUAUCCGAUACCCCAGAAGAGGUACAGGAGGACUUCAUUGGACCCAGAGAACACCAACAGGACCAGAAUGAAACCCUUCAUUUUAACGUUUUUUUUCUAGUAAGGAUGGGCCCAGGACUGUUUUACAUAACCAACAGUGCCUGUCCAGAACUCACUUGUGCCAGACAUUAGUACGAGGACACCACACGUUUGCACAAAAGCCUAAGGACCUUGUUUAUGUGGGUGAAUCAUUGGGCUGGACCAGGUGUUUCCCAGAAGAGGCUUGAGAAGUGUUACGACAGCGAGCCUCCCUGGCUAGAGAGACUGUUACGGGUCGAUGGCCUCCAGAGAGACUGUUGAUUGGUUGAUGGCCUUCAGAGAGACUGUUACGGGUCGAUGGCCUCCAGAGAGACUGUUUAUUGGUCGAUGGCCUCCAGAGAGACUGUUGAUUGGUCGAUGGCCUUCAGAGAGACUGUUACGGGUCGAUGGCCUCCAGAGAGACUGUUGAUUGGUCGAUGGCCUACAGAGAGACUGUUGAUUGGUCGAUGGCCUACAGAGAGACUGUUUAUUGGUCGAUGGCCUCCAGAGAGACUGUUUAUUGGUCGAUGGCCUCCAGAGAGACUGUUACGGGUCGAUGG